UUUGGAAGUCAUGGAAACUAACUAUUAUCUGACUCAGUUCUGCAGAAAAGCAUGCAGGGAGGUAAUCCUUGAAUUAAACAGUUUUUUUUUUUUCACAGCCUUCGGAGAUGACCACACACCAUUUGUACAACAGAAGUUGGUGUUCCCCAUGCUGGGCAAACAAUGGGGCGCCAUCCUGUCUUCGAAUAGAACGUUAGCUUGGAGUUGGAGAUUUUUAUGUUUAAUUUACAAAUGGAUCUUAGUGAGAAGAAAUCUGAGCAACCAGUGGAAACAAACAUGAAAUAAAGGGAUUUUUAUAAUGAAAGGUUCAGGACAAUCUGCUAAACAAUUGAUAACAGUUAAGAGCAAACUGUUUUUAAAGGCAUUCAGACAAGGAGACCGGCAAAGCAUUUCCAAACUCCAAACUAAGAAUUAUUCCUUCACUUCCACUUAACAGCACAUCCUUCUUUGAGUUGAUGUUUAAUCAGAAAUGUAAAUCUCGUGCCAGUUUUAUAGAUAUAAAGAGCACUUUCGAUGAAAUAUUUAGAGGCAUGAUGUUGCUAUUUGGAGCCUAGUGGCUUAUAUUCGUUGUUUAGUGGAGGGGUAGCCAGGGUUGCAUUCUUUAAUUUUAAAAAUAAACAUGCCACAGGGUGAUAUAUAGAUGCCAGGCAGACCUUGUAACGGAUUAUGGUCAUUGUGUUUCUCUUCAUUGUGUGUGCGUGUGUGUGUGUGCGUGUGUGUGUGUGUGGUGUGUGUGUGUGUUGCUGUCUCUUUUGUAUUCAACUGGAUCUUGAGAAACAGUCUGGAGGAUUUGUUACUGAGAUGUGACUAAAGUGUGUUUGUCACGGAUCAGACUUAGCUCGGGUUCUAGGUAGGGGCUGGAGGUGAUUUUCGAGUUGUCAGUCUUCAGCUUGGUGAUAUGCAUUUCCUCCCCCCCUCCUUGUCAACAACUGAUUGGAACCUGAAUGACUACAAAUUAGUUUAGUGACAGAACUAACUGUCACAGAUAUCUUUGAAUCGGUUGAAAAUGAAUAAGGUUGACAGAAACUCAGAAGCCUAAUAAGUCCUCAGAAUGGCUGCUGGACCCUCUCUGGAUGAGUAGACAAUAAGGUGUGCAAAAUAUUGGAAAUCAAUACUUAGCUAUGGAAUUUCAUUAUGCACCAAUGUCUUCAGUUCAUAGUAUUUUAUAUUUUGAUGGAUUAUCUGAAGGCCAUGGCUCUCUGAGAGACCAGACGGAUAGGAAUUCCUCCAACACCCUUAAAACGUAAUUAUGGAUGUUCUUAGGUAACGUUGACUGGUUCGAAGGGCGAUAGUUUUGAGUUUUGCGGGUGGAAGACAAUUGAUCAGCCGCUUUCAUUUUCUUUUUUCCUUUUCCGUUUUUUUUUGUUUUUUUUGUUUUGAAGUCAUAGGUGACCACGUGUGUCCUGGCUUCCUUCCUAACCCUGAGUCUUUCGAUGUUUGCAGGAGACGCAGAGAAAGGACAACCAAAUCGCCCCACUAAGAACAAGGACGCCCACGUCUGUGGCCGGUGCUGUGCCGAGUUCUUUGAAUUAUCAGAUCUUCUGCUCCACAAGAAGAACUGUACUAAAAAUCAAUUAGUUUUAAUCGUCAGCGAAAGUCCAGUCUCCCCACCUGAAACGUCCCCCAGCCCCCCUUCCGCUCACCCCGAGGAACAGAUGAAUGACACGGUUAACAAAACAGAGCAGGCAGACUGCCGCGACCUUCCGGAGCACCGCGGACCCGACGGAGACGAGUCCAUGGAGGUGGAGGCCCCGGGGGCUGACAGAGGCGGCGGCGGCGGCGCCCCGAGUGGCAGCCGUGGCGGUGCCCCCCCCGGCUGCAGCGGCAGCUCCUCCACAGGUACCUCAGCCAUCACAACGUCUCUACCUCAACUCGGGGACCUGACGACACUGGGCAACUUCUCCGUGAUCAACAGCAACGUCAUCAUCGAGAACCUCCAGAGCACCAAGGUGGCGGUGGCCCAGUUCUCCCAGGAAGCGAGGUGCAGCGGGGCGUCCGGGGGCAAGCUGGCCGUGCCCGCCCUCAUGGAGCAGCUCUUAGCCCUGCAGCAGCAGCAGGUCCACCAGCUGCAGCUGAUCGAACAGAUUCGUCACCAAAUACUGCUGUUGGCGUCGCAGAACGCAGACUUGCCAACAUCUUCGAGUCCUUCUCAAGGUACUUUACGAACAUCUGCCAACCCCUUGUCCACACUAAGCUCCCAUUUAUCCCAGCAGCUGGCGGCAGCAGCUGGAUUAGCACAGAGCCUCGCCAGCCAAUCUGCCAGCAUCAGCGGUGUGAAACAGUUACCCCCCGUCCAGCUACCUCAGAGCAGCCCCGGCCACACUCUCAUUCCACCCAACAGCGGCUCUUCCCCCCACGUCAGCAUCCUGGCGGCAGCGGUCACCACCCCGUCCUCGGAAAAAGUGGCUUCAGGCGCUGGUGCCUCCCACGCCAGCAACCCGGCGGUCUCGGCAUCGUCCUCACCAGCUUUCGCAAUAAGCAGCUUACUAAGUCCUGCGUCUAAUCCACUUCUACCUCAGCCGGCCCCUGCUAACUCGGUUUUCCCCAGCCCUUUGCCCAACCUCGGGACAACUGCAGAGGAUUUAAACUCCUUGUCCGCCUUGGCCCAGCCAAGAAAAAGCAAGCCACCAAAUGUCACUGCCUUCGAAGCGAAAAGCACUUCGGACGAGGCGUUCUUCAAACACAAGUGCAGGUUCUGUGCGAAGGUCUUUGGGAGCGACAGUGCCUUGCAGAUCCACCUGCGUUCCCACACGGGCGAGAGGCCGUUCAAGUGCAACGUCUGCGGGAACAGGUUCUCCACCAAGGGCAACCUCAAAGUCCACUUCCAGCGCCACAAAGAGAAGUACCCCCACAUCCAGAUGAACCCCUACCCCGUGCCCGAGCACCUGGACAGCAUCCCCACCAGCACCGGCAUCCCUUACGGCAUGUCCAUUCCCCCGGAAAAGCCGGUCACCAGCUGGCUGGACACCAAACCCGUGCUGCCCACCCUCACCACUUCGGUCGGCCUGCCCUUGCCCCCGACCCUCCCGAGCCUCACGCCCUUCAUCAAGACCGAAGAGCCAGCCCCCAUCCCCAUCAGCCACUCUGCGGCCAGCCCCCCGGGCUCUGUCACAAGUGACUCCGGGGCCCCCGAGCCCGGCACGAGAAACCUGGGCGGGCUCCCGGAGGAAGCGGAAGGGUCCACGGCGCCCCCCUCCGGGGGCAAAAGCGAGGAGAACAGCACGGUCAGCGGCGCGGCCCAGGCCGCGAGCAGCAGCUCCCUGAGCUCCCUGAGCUCCCCGGCCGCGGCCGACGGCGGCCCGGCCGGCGCCGCCACCUUCACCAACCCCCUGCUGCCGCUCAUGUCCGAGCAGUUCAAGGCCAAGUUCCCUUUCGGGGGGCUCUUGGACUCGGCCCAGGCGUCCGAGACGUCCAAGCUGCAGCAACUGGUGGAGAACAUUGACAAGAAGGCCACCGACCCCAACGAGUGCAUCAUCUGCCACCGGGUCCUCAGCUGUCAGAGCGCCCUGAAGAUGCACUACCGGACGCACACCGGGGAGAGGCCCUUCAAGUGCAAGAUCUGCGGUCGGGCUUUCACCACGAAAGGGAACCUCAAGACCCAUUACAGCGUGCACCGCGCCGUGCCCCCGCUCCGCGUCCAGCACUCCUGCCCCAUCUGCCAGAAGAAGUUCACCAACGCCGUGGUGCUGCAGCAGCACAUCCGCAUGCACAUGGGGGGCCAGAUCCCCAACACGCCCGUCCCCGACGGCUACCCGGAGUCCAUGGAGUCCGACACAGGCUCCUUCGACGAGAAGACCUUCGACGACCUAGACAACUUCUCCGACGAGAACAUGGAGGACUGUCCGGAGGGCAGCAUCCCGGACACGCCCAAGUCCGCGGACGCGUCCCAGGACAGCCUGCCUUCUUCGCCUUUGCCCCUGGAGAUGUCCAGCAUCGCCGCUCUGGAAAACCAGAUGAAGAUGAUCAACGCCGGCCUGGCAGAGCAGCUGCAGGCCAGCCUGAAGUCCGUGGAGAACGGGUCGGUCGAGGGGGACGUCCUGACCAACGACUCGUCCUCGGUGGGCGGCGACGUGGAGAGCCAGAGUGCUGGCAGCCCGGCCGCCUCGGAGUCUACCUCUUCCAUGCAGGCUCUGUCCCCGUCCAACAGCACCCAGGAAUUCCACAAGUCGCCCAGCGUGGAGGAGAAGCCGCCGAGAGCAGUACCGGGCGAGUUCGCCAACGGGCUGUCCCCCACCCCAGUGCACGGCGGGGCUUUAGAUUUGACAUCGAGUCACACAGAGAAGAUCGUCAAAGAAGACUCUCUGGGGAUCCUCUUCCCUUUCAGAGACCGGGGUAAAUUUAAAAACACCGCUUGCGACAUUUGCGGCAAAACCUUUGCUUGUCAGAGUGCCUUGGACAUUCACUACAGAAGUCAUACCAAAGAGAGACCGUUUAUUUGCACAGUUUGCAAUCGUGGCUUUUCCACAAAGGGUAAUUUGAAGCAGCACAUGUUGACACAUCAGAUGCGAGAUCUCCCGUCACAGCUCUUUGAGCCCAGUUCCAGCCUCGGCCCCAAUCAGAACUCGGCGGGGAUUCCCGCCACCUCCCUGUCAUCUCUCAUCAAAACAGAGGUCAACGGCUUUGUGCAUGUGACUCCUCAGGAUGGUAAGGACACCCCCGCCGGUCACGUCCCUUCCGGGCCUCUGUCGUCCUCCGCCACGUCCCCGGUCCUGCUGCCAGCGCUGCCCAGGAGAACCCCCAAACAGCACUACUGCAACACAUGUGGCAAGACCUUCUCGUCGUCGAGCGCCCUGCAGAUCCACGAGAGAACUCACACUGGAGAGAAACCCUUCGCUUGCACUAUCUGUGGAAGAGCCUUCACGACGAAAGGCAAUCUUAAGGUACACAUGGGCACCCACAUGUGGAACAGCACCCCCGCCCGGCGCGGCCGGCGGCUCUCUGUGGACGGCCCCAUGACGUUUCUAGGAGGCAAUCCCGUCAAGUUCCCGGAAAUGUUCCAGAAGGAUCUGGCGGCAAGGUCAGGAAGCGGGGACCCUUCCGGCUUCUGGAACCAGUACGCGGCGGCCCUGUCCAACGGGCUGGCCAUGAAGGCCAACGAGAUCUCCGUCAUCCAGAACGGCGGCCUCCCCCCCAUGCCCGGGAGCCUGGGCAGCGGGAGCAGCUCGCCCCUGAGCGGGCUGACGGGGAACCUGGAGAAGCUCCAGAACGCGGAGCCCGGGGCGCCCCUGGCCGGCCUGGAGAAGAUGGCAGGCAGCGAGAGCGGGGCCGGCUUCCGCUUCACCCGCUUCGUGGAGGACAGCAAAGAGAUCGUCACCAGUUAGAGCGACUCGGGCCGGAGAAGGAGGACUCCUGUCCGGAGCGAGCCCCACAGUCGCCUCCUCCUCCUCGCCACCCCCCUCCCCGCCCCGCCCCCAUCUCUCUGAACUGCCACCUUCUGAAGACAUUCUUUUGUACCUUGUUCAACUUCUAGAGUUCUAAGAAAGCUUAUUUAUUAGUGAUAUAACCUUGCUUUGCAAACAGAAGGCAAGCGUUUAACUUUGGUCUUCUGUAUUUUGGACUAAAUACUAAUUGACUAGAGUGCUGUAAACUUGCUGUAACAUUUAUGGCAAUUGCAAGUUGCCCUGCUAGGCGGUCUUAAUCUGGCAUUAACUUAUUUUCUAUAUCCAGUUUAAUAUGAAUCUGGUGUUGAUGCAAUGCCUCCGUGAUGCAUUAGAUCUCUAAUAAAGUCUGUAUAUAAAUGUACACUUUGAUCCUGCUGGAAAAUUUUAUCAGCAAACACAUUGUCUAAUGUUUCAAAACAGAAUUAAGGAAGGGACUAGAAGUACAGACUGAACAGUGUGGUUCCUUGAAAGGGUCGGUUUUUGUUUUUUGGGGUUUGUUUUUGUUUUUUUGUUUUUGAUUUUGAUUCUAAAAUUCAAUCUGCCUUUUUUUUUUUUUUCUUUUUUUGGUAGAUUUGACCAUUUCCGUUUUGAACUGCUAUUUGUAUCGUGCUUUUUACUUGAGUCGUCCUCAAUGUUCAUAGGUUUCUGUACAGUAAUAAGCACGCGGAAUUCUCUAGAGAAAAUACAAGUGUUGUUUUGGUAGUUGAAACUGAGACGUAACAUUUUGCCUUGUAGGUAUAUUCACGAUAGAAGACCUGUGCUGGAAUUUCACAAUGCUGCUAAGUAUAGCAUCUUGAACAAACUUCAGUGGAGAAAAUGUAGAUUCUCUGUAUAUACAGUAAGAAAUAUCACUUUCAUUAGAAUGUACAUAUGUUCCUUACAAGAGCAAAUGCUUCUUGAUCAAGAGAGCAGGUAUAGUGUUUGUUUAUUUUGUAUUAGGUAUGGAAGAAAAAAAAUUGGACUGUUACAUGCACUUUCUUGGAAAGUCGAAAGGAAGGGGGGUCCAAUUUCUUUAACAUUUAAUACUUACUAACAACAGAGAUACUGUAAUUUUACUCAAGUAAUCAAAUACAUUUUUUUUUGCAACAGAUAAAA